UUAAUUUAAUGUUAUGGAUGCUUUGCUUUCUGCAUCGUCUCUGGGCGUUCAAUUGCUUGGCCUAUGGUCUUGGACUGUUUCUUUGACCUGCCCCACCUCUGCUAUAAGGACAGAAAAACGCAACCGUUUCAUCAUCAUUUCUUCUCUAUUUUGUUUGCGCUAGCUGAGUAGUAUAGUAGGAAUGGUGAAGUAAAGGAGAGGAAUCGCGAUCUGGGAUAGGGUGAAAGAAUAAGGAUCGAGUUGAGAUGGGUUUCUUUAGUGCCAUUUUGGGGUUUUUCGGAUUCGGGGUUGGGAUUUCGAUUGGCCUUGUGGCUGGCUAUUUUCUCUUCAUCUACUUUCAACCCACUAAUGUUGAGGAUCCUGAAAUCAAACCAAUGCUGGAGCAAGAGCAAGAGACUUUGCAGCGGAUGUUUCCGGAGAUUCCUGUUUGGAUAAAAAGUCCGGAUUUCGAUCGGCUUGACUGGCUAAACAAGUUUUUAGAGUACAUGUGGCCGUAUCUUGAUAAGGCAAUUUGCAAGACUGCCAGGAACAUUGCAAAACCCAUAAUUGCUGAGCAGAUUCCUAAAUAUAAAAUUGAUUCUGUUGAGUUUGAAACACUCACGCUGGGUUCGCUGCCGCCAACUUUUCAAGGAAUGAAAGUUUAUGUGACUGAUGAGAAGGAGUUAAUUAUGGAGCCUUCUGUAAAAUGGGCUGGAAAUCCUAAUGUUACUGUCUCUGUUAAGGCAUUUGGGUUGAAAGCAACUGUGCAGGUUGUAGAUUUGCAAGCUUUCCUAUUGCCUCGCAUUACUUUGAAGCCUUUGGUUCCUAGUUUUCCUUGCUUUGCCAACAUAUAUGUCUCCCUCAUGGAAAAGCCGCAUGUUGACUUUGGGCUAAAGCUCAUAGGGGCUGAUCUUAUGUCUAUUCCAGGUGUCUAUAGGAUCGUUCAGGAUAUUAUCAAAGAUCAGGUUGCAAACAUGUAUUUAUGGCCCAAAACCUUGGAAGUUCCAGUUUUAGAUAUGUCAAAAGCCUUGAAGAGGCCUGUUGGAAUUUUACAUGUAAAGGUUCUUCAGGCAAUGAAGCUAAAGAAAAAAGAUCUUCUUGGUGCAUCUGACCCCUAUGUGAAGCUAAAGCUUACCGAUGAUAAAUUGCCAUCGAAAAAGACUACUGUGAAGCACAAGAACUUAAAUCCUGAAUGGAAUGAAGAAUUCAAUAUGAUAGUUAAAGAUCCUGACUCCCAGGUUUUAGAAAUUAAUGUUUAUGACUGGGAGCAGGUUGGGAAACAUGAUAAGAUGGGUAUGAAUGUGAUAUCUUUAAAAGAAGUUUCCCCUGAAGAGCCUAAACGUUUUACUCUUGACCUCCUAAAAAACAUGGAUCCCAAUGAUGUCCAAAAUGAGAAGUCACGUGGGCAGAUUGUUUUAGAACUGACGUAUAAACCCUUCAAGGAGGAGGAUUUGGCCAAGGGGUUUGACGAGACGCAGACAGUGCCAAAAGCUCCUGAAGGUACUCCAGAAGGUGGAGGUUUGCUUGUAGUUAUAGUUCAUGAAGCUCAAGAUGUCGAAGGGAAGUAUCACACUAAUCCACAUGUACGACUUAUAUUCAGAGGGGAAGAGAAAAAAACAAAGCGCGUUAAAAAGAAUAGGGAUCCAAGAUGGGAAGAUGAGUUCCAUUUUAUGGUAGAUGAGCCUCCCACCAACGAUAGAUUACACGUGGAGGUUCUCAGCACUUCAUCACGAAACCUGCUCCACCAAAAGGAAUCACUGGGUUAUAUCGACAUCAAUCUUGGGGAUGUUGUUGCCAACAAAAGAAUUAAUGAGAGGUACCAUCUCAUAGACUCCAAGAAUGGUCGCCUCCAGGUAGAGUUGCAGUGGAGAACCUCACAAGCAGGAUGACUAAAUUCUCCAUCAAAUUUGUAUUUCUGAUUCCUUAUCCCACCAUCCUUUCCUUCUUUUAAAUUUGUCUUGCGAGAUAUAUUGGUUUUAUCUGUCAAUCAUGUACAUGUUUGUGAAAAAGGUUUGAAAUAGCAAAAGCAUAAAUAUGAUUUGGUUUGGAGUAUAAUAUACGUUUACAUUA